GAUAGUUUCCACUUUCAAGCUACAGAAAGCAACAUGAACUGCGCCAAGAUGAAUGUAUGCGACCCCUCGGGCGACCGUGGAUACAACCCGAUCUCUGAUCACGCCCUCAUUGGGAACCUGCGAACGGCAGCCCUUAUUAGUAUAGACGGAUCUGUGGAAAGCUAUUGUGUCCCAAACUUUGACUCUCCGUCGAUCUUUGCUCGCAUCCUCGACAAGGACAAGGGUGGCCACUUCUCCAUCACACCCACUGUGCCCUUUACCACCAAGCAGAACUAUCUCCCGAGCUCCAAUGUUCUUCAAACAAAGUUUCUUAACGAACAAGGCGUGGUUAGCGUCACGGACUUUCUGCCGCGUCAGAAGGACAGUUCCUCGGAGAAGCCUUUGCUAUUCUGGAUGAUCCGUCGCGUCGAGGUAGUCCGCGGUGCAUUCCCGAUCCGCAUGGAGUGCGCCCCGGCAUUCAAUUAUGCGCGCGACCCGCACACGCUCGAGUUCAUCCCGGACGACAGUCAAUCCAAAGGGCGAGGCACUCAUGAGAAGGCCCUCUUCAAAUCGCGCGACCUCGAUCUCGACCUACGAUACGUCGUUGAGUCAACGUUGGAGAAUGUCGAUGAUCCCAAGGUUCGGUUGAAGAAGCUCGACCUUACUGGACAAGGACACCUUGGUCCUAGCGCGGUGUGCGACCUCGUUCUCGAGGAAGGGCAAAGGGUCACGUUUGUGCUGAGAACACCCCCAACGAAGGCCACUAAGCCCAACGCUGUUCCAACACAGGAGAAGGCGGAAGAGCUGGGAGUAUCGCUUGAAGCACUUGCCAUCGGGACGUCCAAGUUGCGGGCUCUCGAUGAUCCGAUACUGACGAAGGAACUUCUCGAGAGACUCUUCUUGUCCACCAACACGUACUGGAACUCUUGGAUCCGUCGGUCAACGUACCAAGGGUCUUGGAAGGAGGCAGUCCAUCGAAGCGCCCUAGCUCUCAAACUUCUCAUAUACGAGCCGACAGGUGCUGUCAUCGCCAGUCCGACGUUUAGUUUACCGGAGUUCAUUGGCGGGGGUAGAAACUGGUACUACAGUGCAUCUUGGAUCCGUGAUUCAUCCUUUACUUUGUAUGCUCUCAUACGCUUGGGCUUCACAGAAGAAGCCAAUGCGUACACGGAGUUCAUAAUCCAACGGCUAAAAGACAAAAAUCCUGAUGGAUCGCUCCAGAUAAUGUAUACUAUCCACGGAGGUAAGGAUCUCGAAGAGAUUGAGCUAAAUCAUUUCGAUGGGCACAAGGGCUCUAAGCCUGUGCGGAUCGGCAAUGGCGCUGCCGACCACUUGCAGUUAGACAUCUACGGCGAGCUGAUGGAUUGUAUAUACUUGGGACAAAAGUAUGGCCGCCCUUUGUCCUACGAUACCUGGGUGCAAGUCAGAGAACUUGUAGAUUAUGUGGUUGCUCAAUACAACGAGCCUGAUCUAUCCAUCUGGUCAGUCCGUGAUAGGCCAUUGCGGUCUCAGGUUGAAAUUGUGACGCAGUGCUUUAGGGAAGUUCGAGGAAAGAAACGCCACUUCACUUAUUCAAAGAUCAUGAUGUGGGUUGCAAUUGAUAGAGGAUUGCGACUCGCGGAUAAGCGCUCGCUUCCAUGCCCAAACCGUUUGGCGUGGUUCCAGGCCCGCGACGACAUCUACGAGCAAGUAAUGCACAAGUCCUGGGACCCCGUACAACAGUCUUUCGGGCAGUGCUACGAGGAGACGAACGUGCUUGACUCAGCCGUGCUCAUCAUGCCGCUGGUAUUCUUCAUCCAACCUUCCGACCCGCGCUUCGUCAGCACUUUGAAGCAGAUCCUCAAAACGCCGCAGCGGGGAGGUCUUACGUCAAACAACCUUGUAUAUCGAUAUGACGUCACCAAAUCAGAUGAUGGUGUCGGGGGCGGUGAGGGUACAUUCUGCUUGUGCACGCUUUGGUGCGUGGAGGCGCUGGCCCGGGCCGGCGUGUACGAGCCGGCGUUGCUCAAGCGGGCCAUGUCUAUGUUUGAGGACUUCCUCCUCUUCUCCAACCACGUCGGACUAUGCACAGAGGAGAUAUCCGAAGCGGGUGAAGGACUCGGCAAUGCAGUGCAGGGCUUUACGCACGUCACGCUGAUUUCGGCGGCGUACAACUUGUCCAGGACGAUGCAAGCACCAGCGAGCUUAUUGGCAGCAAUCUAGGGGCGGUGCCGUCAGCUCUAAGUGUACGGGUCGCUGGUUUGUUUAAUGUAAUACGUAGUCUAUGACCUGAACCAUGUACCAAUAGACUCCAGUAUUCCAAUCAACCACGCGGCAUACGAAUAUCCGCAUCUAUGCCAAAAGAC